CUCCCGGCGGCCAUGGGGGCGUCCGCGCGGCUGCUGCGCGCCGUGAUCAUGGGGGCGCCGGGCUCCGGCAAGGGCACCGUGUCGUCGCGCAUCACCAAGCACUUCGCGCUGAAGCACCUCUCCAGCGGGGACCUGCUCCGGGACAACAUGCUUCGGGGCACAGAAAUUGGUGUGUUAGCCAAGACUUUCAUUGACCAAGGGAAGCUCAUCCCGGAUGAUGUCAUGACUCGGCUGGCCCUUCAUGAGCUGAAAAACCUCACCCAAUAUAGCUGGCUAUUGGAUGGUUUUCCAAGGACACUUCCACAGGCAGAAGCCCUGGAUGGAGCUUAUCAGAUAGACACAGUGAUUAAUCUGAACGUGCCCUUUGAAGUCAUUAAGCAGCGUCUCACCGCGCGCUGGAUUCAUCCGGCCAGCGGCCGAGUCUACAACAUCGAAUUCAACCCUCCCAAAGCCGUGGGCAUUGAUGACCUGACAGGGGAGCCUCUCAUUCAGCGGGAUGAUGACAAGCCAGAGACGGUUGUCAAGAGACUCAAGGCUUAUGAAGUCCAAACACAGCCGGUCCUGGAAUAUUACCGGAAAAAGGGAGUAUUGGAAACCUUCUCUGGAACAGAAACCAACAAGAUCUGGCCCCAUGUGUAUGCUUUCCUACAAACAAAAGUUCCACAAAUAAACCAGAAAGCAUCAGUUACUCCAUGAGGAAAAGUGUACAUCACCAGUAAGAUGAGCAGAGACUCCUCACCUGUGCAUUUAGAAGCUCCGUGUUCUGAGACUGGCAUGUAUGAAUUCUUUGAAAAUUAUAUUAGUUUCACUUCUACUGAUUUCAUUCUGGAAAUUAAGAAUGGGCCAAAUGAGUCCGAUACUAAGAUUCAUCUUUUUGUCUACCCAGGGUAUCUUCUAUGGGUAUGUAAUUUAAAAACAUCAGAUGUCCUAAUUAAAAGAGCAAUUGGUAGUAAUAUUAACUUUUGUUCAGAAGACUUAAGUGGUUGAUAAAAAAUUUUCUUAUUCUUUGGAGAAGCUAAAAACAUUUCCAUGUCACUCGGUAAAGUAGCUCAUCAGAGAAAUGUGUUGUAGACUGAUGCCAAAACCCAGCAUCGUUAGCACUGUGGUACAUGGUUUUGUGAAACACUAUCAAAUUCUAGAAAACAAGCAACCAGAUAUGCAGAUUAGUUUCAGGAUGCAAAUUCACUGUUGCCUUUACAGUAAGAAACUUAAAAACUUAACCGUAUAUACUGUAUUUAUUAUGUCAUAAACAAACUUUCAGUUUAUUCAGAAUUUUCAGUCUGCUAUAAAAUUGUGUUAAAUUAGCAUAUAGGAAAAUAUUACUUUCCUAUGACAGGUUUUGAGAACAUGUGUAUUGAAAAAAAUGAUUUAUUAGAAAUUGACAUUGGAAGUUCUUACAAAAGCACUGAGGUUGAAUUAUCAACAGAAAAUGUAAUUAGUCUCGUGUUUUCAGAUUAUUGCUCAGGUUAAGAAGUAUAAGUAUGUGCUUUAGGAUCUACUUGCCAGUUUCUCUUUUUGAUCACUAUGUAAAAUCUGCUGUGAUGAGUGACAAAAUACAAGAAGAAAAGCAAACCCAUGGCCCUACAUAAAAGCAAGCAUACUGGGUCCUCAGGAAGUAGAAAUAGAUCAGCUAUGCCUGGGGAGAAUUUCCCUGACACGCUUAACAAUCAUAAUUAGUAAACAAUCAAUUAGUAAACUAAUCAAAUUAGUAGCAAUUAAAAGGAUUUACAUGAGAGGUUAAAAAGGACCAGGAAGGUAACUGAGUUUGUUGAAGGACUUUAUUCCUAGUGAAAGCAGCGGGCAGCUGCUGGCUUUCCCUGCCACCGUCAGCAGGGCAAGAACUCCACCUGUGUGUGUAGCCUGAGUAAGUAGCCCUUUAAAAGCGAAGAGAAUUUGAUUUCUUCGUAGGGCAACAAGGAUGCGUGCUUAUGUCCUGUGGCCUGGCAGGAAGAGUGGGGCGAUGAGAGGUGGAUGAAAAAAUCAGCUACAUCUUCAGUGGGAUAUUUACUCUUACUUGGUGCUAAAUCAGAUGCAACGAGUCCUGGUACAACCUGUUAUGAACUGCCUUUGAACACCGGCCUGUUAUCCCAGGCACUCAAAAUAUAAAUGCCAGCAAGUGGUUCUUCGUGUAUUUUUGUGGGAAAAAACUUUUCUUUUGAUUUUUAAAAAUUCAAUGUUGAUCUUUCAGAAUGGACCAAGGCUUUUUUAAAAAGGAUUGCAGGACACAUUUAAUUCUUUACAAAACUUUCUGUAAUGCCUUAUUUGAAUGUAUUAUGUGCUUUCUAAAACUGUGGUGAACUACUAAGCUUAUGAAUAUUACUGGCUUUCCUGGCAUACAUGACUCUUAAUGUACUACAAUAAAAUUAAAUUCUAGAAC